AUGGUUCUAAAUAACUACUUUCUUUGGCUUACAUUGGCAUUCGUUCUCACGGUCUCCGAUGCUGCAGAAAGCACACCUGCCACAAACACAACCGAUUUCCAAUACAAGGGUAUUAGCAUAGGUGGGUGGUUAGUUUUAGAACCAUACAUCACUCCGUCAUUGUUCAACAAAACACUUAAUGAGAAUGAAACAUCAAGUGAGAUACCCGUAGAUGAGUAUCAUUUUUGUGAGAAAUUGGGCAAGAAGGAAGCUAGCAAAAGACUUGAAGAACAUUGGCUGACUUUUUAUAACGAGACCGAUUUCCAAGAGAUUAGACAACACGGGUUGAAUAUGGUGCGCUUGCCCAUUGGCUAUUGGGCAUUUGAGCCCAUGGACGAUGACCCAUAUGUCAUGGGCGCACAAGAUUACCUCGAUAAAGCAAUUGAGUGGAGUGCUGAAAACGAUUUAAAAGUCUUGAUUGAUUUGCAUGGUGCACCCAAUAGUCAAAAUGGGUUCGAUAAUUCAGGAUUGAGAAACAUUGGAUAUCCCGGAUGGCAAAAUAAGACAGAAUACGUUGAUCACACAAUCAAAGUGUUACAGCAAGUAUAUGCAAAGUAUGGCGGUGAAAAUUACAGUGAUGUAGUGAUUGGGAUCGAGGUCUUGAAUGAGCCUUUCGGACCAAAGUUGGAUAUGACAGAUUUAAAAAAGUUCUACAUCGAUACUUAUAGAGAUGCAAGAGAGAUUCAAACAGUGAAUAAUUCCAUCUUUUUCCACGAUGCUUUUCAAAGUAUAAGUUACUGGGAUGAUUUUUUAACAAAGGGUUCGGUAAAGUACCAAAACCACACCAACAGCACCAACGGCACCAACAGCACCAACCACACCAACAGCACCAACGGCACCCGUAUCGACAAGGUUGAGUUUAACAACAUCUAUAUAGAUCACCAUCAUUAUGAAGUAUUCGGAAACGUUGUUGCUGAUAACGUCACUCAACAUCUCAACAAUAUUGUCAACUACUCUAAAGACAUUGCAAAAGAAAAGCAUAGGGCCAUUGUAGGAGAAUGGUCGGCCGCAUUGACUGAUUGCUCACCUUGGCUCAAUGGUGUAGGGUUGGGCUCACGGUAUGAAGGGACAGAUCCAUAUGAUAAUGAUCGAGUUGGAAAUUGCAAUAUAAUCAAUCGCUCUGGUAAAAAAUGGACAAAAGAGCAGAAGAAAGAUCAUCGAAGAUUUGUUGAAAUGCAAUUGUAUCAAUAUUCUCAAAAUACGAAUGGCUGGAUAUUCUGGUGUUGGAAAACCGAAGGCGGGGCAAUUGAGUGGGAUUUUAGACAACUAGCUGAUUUAGAGAUCAUCCCUCAACCAUUGGAUAACUACAAAUAUGUCAAAAAUGGAGUUGAUAUUAGUGCUGCUGCAAGGGUAUAUAUGAGCAGUCCCUAUCUGCUCAUGACAUUUUGUUUGCUAACAACAUUAAUGGUAUUUUACUAG